UUUUCAUUUCGGUAGAUUGUUGGUUUUUUCACACAACUUUAUUUUUACAAAAAUAAUCCAAACAAUUUAAACAAUGUUUUAGCAAAUCCUGCUGAUUCGAUUAAUACAUGUUGUAUACAAUCUGACAAACGCGUGUGCCUGUAUUAUUAUACAAAUAGGAAUCCUGAGGAAAUAAUUGUGUACAAUUCGAGCAAAAAUUGCAAUAGCCCUAAAAACCGACAGCAGUCCUGCACCUGAAAACAAACACAUAAUCAAAAAAUCACAAAUAAACUAAACCAAACAACUCAAUAUGGAAAAUUCGGAAUAUAACGAUAUGGUCCAGUUUAGUGGCCAUGAUAAAACGACACAAUGUGUCGUAUAUGACCAAACACCAGAUUCGGAGCAAAAGAAAAUUAAUAUUGUAGUUCGUCCCGCAUACACAGUGGGCAAAGUGAUUGGUGACAUUAAAACACAAUAUCACUAUGAUAAAUUUGAACUGCUAAUGCAGCCAAUAUCUGGUGGAGAUUUGGUGUAUUUAAAUGAACAUCAAAACGAGUUGAUCUACAAAGUUGGCGGCUUCGAGCCACAGACUAAAAAUGUUUUAGUAAUUCUACCUUCGGGCAAAUGGGAUGGUAAUACCAAGAAACGCUAUGAAUUCCCAUCAAAAUCAUCGCUAAAGCUCAUAACGAAUGGUAGUAGUAGUAGUAGCACUAUAAUAACCGCCUCCGCCGCCCCAGCUACUGCACUAACAACAACAGCACCUCUGCCGCCACCACUACCACCAAGCAAUUUUCUAAAUAAUAAUUACAAUAAGAAAACUACAACCAUUACAACAACAACAGCGGUGACAAUGGAUAAUAAUUACAUUGCCUCUUGCCUUAAAGUCCUGAAUAUCGAACCCUUAACAACAAAUAGCCAGCAUCAUCCAAGCCAAAUUCUAACAAACAGCAAUAGUUAUCACGGGCCCAUGAACGAUGAAGCACUGGCAAGUACAAACACUUUAUCGUCUCCAUCGUCGAUGACUACAGUUACGAAUGAAACCAAUACGGAUUCUUUAAAUCUAAGUCCAAUGUCAGAACCAGAUCCUUUGUCGGACGACGAUUUAGCACUGGGUGCCUCUGCCAGUCCCACGGAAACGGAGCCAAUGCAGUGUGGGGGUCCUUUAUCACUGACUCAUGACUCCUCAUCUACAUCAGGUUUGCAUUUUGCCCAAGAUACGAACUCAAGGUACCGUGACAAAUCUGACAGCCUAGUAGAUGCCACAAAGAAGUACCCAUUGUCACCAUUGCCAGCACCUGCAGCAGCCAUAAUGGCUCCACCAACCAACAAUGGUUAUGUCGGCCUCGUUAACCAAGCCAUGACUUGCUAUUUGAACAGUCUUUUACAAGCUCUUUACAUGACACCGGAGUUUCGCAAUGCAUUAUACCGCUGGGAGUUCGAUAACGACAACGAAUCCAAAAAUAUCCCCUACCAAUUACAAAAGUUGUUCCUGAACUUACAAACGUCGAAAAAAUCCGCAGUAGAGACAACCGAUUUGACUCGCAGUUUCGGUUGGAAUUCAUCGGAAGCCUGGCAGCAACAUGAUAUCCAGGAAUUAUGUCGUGUUAUGUUCGACGCCUUGGAACACAAAUUCAAAAACACAAAACAGGCUAACCUCAUUUCCAAUCUGUACGAAGGCAAAAUGAUUGAUUAUGUCAAGUGUUUGGAGUGUAAUACGGAAAAGACUCGCGCAGAUACCUUUUUAGAUAUACCGCUGCCCGUGCGUCCUUUCGGCAGUCAAGCUGCCUAUGGCAGCAUUGAAGAAGCUAUCAGAGCUUUUGUUCAGCCAGAGACAUUGGAUGGUAAUAAUCAAUACUUUUGCGAAAAAUGUAACAAGAAAUGUGAUGCCCACAAAGGUCUGAAGUUCAAGAACUUUCCUUAUGUUUUGACGCUGCAUCUCAAGAGAUUCGACUUUGACUACUCAACUAUGCAUCGCAUUAAACUGAAUGACAAAGUGACUUUCCCACAAACGCUCAAUUUAAACUCAUUUGUUAACUCCAAAGAAUCGGAGUCAACUCCCAACAGCAAUGGAGCGGCACCUACAGACGACUGCAGUACAACGGACAGUGGUUCUGCAAUGGAGGAAGACAAUUGGAGUAGUGGUGUGGGCACUACAGCCAGCUCAACUACACAAAACGACACAGAUGUUAACGAUGAAGAGCAGGACGAGGGCAUCGACAUGAGCUCCAGUACAGAUCAUCGUAAUCGGGUAAACAGUGAACAGAACUUGAAACAGGAUUUGGGACCAUUUACCUACGAGCUAUUUGCCAUUAUGAUUCACUCAGGCAGCGCAUCAGGUGGUCAUUAUUAUGCAUACAUCAAGGAAUUCGAUAACAACGAAUGGUAUUGCUUCAACGAUCAAUCUGUAUCGCCCAUAACACAAGAAGACAUUCAAAAGUCAUUUGGUGGCGGUUCGAGUAAAUCCUACUACUCCAGCGUCUACAGUUCGAGUACAAACGCUUACAUGUUAAUGUAUAGACAAAUUGAUGCAAAGAAGAAUGAAAAGUGUGUUAAAUCCGCGGAAUUUCCCGAACACAUCACAAAACUGACGGAGAAACUGAAGGAAGAGGAGGAAACACGUGUCAGCCGAGGAAGCGUUCGCCAUCGUCCAAUUACGGAUCUCACCUUGCCGGAGCAAAUCAAACCUCGAGUUUAUUUCUAUAAUCCCAAGAUGAAAAAAUUGAUAAUGACGCGAGUUUAUGUUUCGCAAAAGUUCGACAUAAAUGUUGUCCUGGAGUCAGCCUUCCAAAUGUUGUCCGUGGAGCAGUUUGCUCCUUUGUCGCACUGCCGUCUCGUGGCCUAUGAUCCGCCAGCCGAGCGAAUUCUUCGUUCGUUUGAGAACAUAAAAAACCCCACGUUAGAAGAGAUACAAGGCGAUAACGAGGAAACUAUUGGAUUUUUGUUGGAAUACAAAGCAGAUGGACAAGAAUUUGAGAUUUAUGAACCAGGAGGCUCGACUUGGUAUGUAUACAUGGUUAAUUUGACAACAAUGGAGAUGGACGGACCAUUCUUCGUGUAUUCAAAAACCUUUGAAAAUAACGACACUCUACGGCACUCUAUUGCUGUGCGCUUACAUGUGAAGGAGGAUCAGCUGUUGGUUGCAACUUUUCAGCGUAACGGAAAUGCAUUUGUGGCCUACGAUCCCAUGCCCACUAAAGAAGCCCAACUACAAUUACAAGAAAUGGCCAGAUCACGCUUCAAAGACCUCACCUACUUGUACUUAUUUGUCCCCAACACAGAUCCCACUAACUUGGAAAUCAUUGGAAUACCGGCUAACGAAAUGCACGAACAGUUGUCCCCCGCCGGUGCAGCUAUACAGGAAUCUACAGUUGGCAGUAGUACGGCAGCACAGACGCCUACCGCAAACAACAACAACAACACAAACUGUUCAGGUUUAACAAAUGGGUUCAGUGAAUCUGCAGUAGCUGCUUCAAAUGUCGGCCACGAGUCAAACUCUGAAGACAGUAGUCUAAGUGACGGUGAUCGGACAUUGGUGGAAAAUAUACAACACCGUGGUGAUGGCGAUAGCCAAAUCUCUAGUACUAGUCAUUCUCCCCAGCUGUCAAGUCCUGAGGAGGAGAACCGCCAGGACUCCAUUAAUCGCAUCAACGCCUUUUAUAACGGCUAUUCACAUGGAGAGCCCGACUUAUCACCCAUCGUCCCACAAGUACCACAAUUCUUCCAUGCCAUUAAACUAGAAGGCGUGGACACGACAAUAGCCAACUCUAGCAGACAUCACUACAUGGAUCCAGAUAGUUCGGAGGAAGCGGCGCGAAAACCCGUAGUUAGCUACAAAAUUCUAGUAGACUCACACAUGAAGCUGAGUACGUUUAAGAACCAUGUUCAGCGUCUAAUUCAAGUGCCUGAUAACUUCUUCCAAUUAAACCGCAAACAUGACAAGAGCCUCAAAAACAUGAUGUCAGAGACGCUUGUCUACUUCAGCGAAGGAGAAACAUUGUUCGUGGAACUAGGCAAGGAACUACAGCCGGAGGAACACAAGGCCAAAAUAUUCUUUAUGCGUUUGUCCGAGCUGAACAACGAGUCCGGAAGAUUGCCGUGCGUGUGUGAAUGGAUAUAUACGGAUUCCAUGAAUGUGUCUGCAGCUAAAGCAAAUUUAGUUGCCAAACUGCAACGUAUUGAUCUCGCCAAAUACAAGAGCUUAACUGUUCAAAAUUGCCGUCUGUGGCUUAAGGGCGGUCGCAGUCCCAUCAAAAUAUUCACAGAUGACGAAACGCUUGGUUGUGAUAUUCGUUCAACAGCGUCAAUGGAGUUUAUUGUACAAGAGUGUGAAGAUGACGCCAUUGCAAACACAGACGACAACAGUUUAACAAUAUUUGUACGACGUUGGCAUCCGGAUACGUUACAAUUGGACAAGUUUCAGGAAGUCACAUUACAUAAAAACAGUGAAAUGCGUCAAACUAUAUCCAAAUUAUCGGGUAUACCUGAGGAUAAUGUAGCCUACACAAAGGUCAAUGGAUACUUUCCCUACACUAAUGUCUCUUUGCUGACAAUAAAUAGUGCAAUGACUUGGUUUUCCGUGCCAUCCACAUUGGACAAGUAUCCCCUCAGUAGUGCGGUCAGUGGCAAUAUGUUCUUUUACAAGGAUGACAAGGCCGAGAUGAAAGAACUGACAACCGAGGAAAGACGAGAAAUGAGCACCAAAGAGAAAAUACGCUUAGAUCGUUUGGGUUGCAUGUCCUCAUCACGGUUUUCACCGCGUCGCGAGCGUGCCCUUAAGAUUUAUUUAGAUAGCCCUGCCACAACAGCGUCUCCGCCAGUGGAUGCCAACAGUUCCAUGGCUGAUGAUUAACAAAUAAUUGAACAACAUGUCAUCCAGCAACAAAUCAAAUAAGACGCUGAAAUUUAACAAGCAGUUACGAAGAGAAACAAACAAAAUCAAAGUGUUACUUUACUACCACAUACAAUACGUUACGUUAUUACGUUAUUACUUUAUAUAAAAAAUAAGUCUUUUUAUUUUUGUUUUCUCCUCCCCCUCUUUUCUUUUCAAGAGAGCAAUGGAAUUUUCUUUAUCUCAAUCUAACAACUAAUAUUAAAUUAUCGAAUUGAUAGAAGAAAGAAAAACAAGUUCAACUUUAACUAAAUAACACAAAUGUCAUAUUUUGCAAAGGCUUGUCCCAAAAAAGAAAAUAUAUAUCAGAGACCGAAUAUAACGGGUUCACUUUCAUUUCAAUGGUAAAUUCUCAUUCGCAGCCAUUUAAAAAUAAUUUUUUGUGAUAUAUCACUGAGAGAGUGAUUUAUUCGAGAACAUUUUAGGUUUGGGGUUGAGAGAAACAGAAAAGAAACAAACACAAAUAAUCUGGAUGAGUGAUUUAUAAUUUAUUUUUUUCGUAAAGGUCAUGCGAACAUGAAAAAUAAAUCGCAAAAUUCAUUUGAUGCAAAUCAACGCUUAAAUAUAUAAAAUUUAUCAAAAGAUUAAUAACAAAUUAAAAAAAUCUCAUUUCUGUUGCUCAUUACUUCAUAUUUAUCAUAUCAUAAUUUCCAUAAUUUGUUAAAAAUUACCAAAAAAAAUUAUGUAAAUAAAAGAGAAAGUAACAGUUAUUAAGAACAAGAACAAAUGAAUUGUUUAUCUCACACCAAACCAUUAAAAAACAACAAAAACGAAUAAAGGUCAUACCAAACCCUUUAAAUAAACAUCAUUUUAUAACUGUUAUUUUCAGUGAUUUAUUUUUAUCACAAAAAUAUAAAUCACAAUUUGGUAUAUGGACGAGUUAUUUUCGAUCUCUGAUAUAUAUACAUAUAUAGGACGGUGAACGCGAAAAAUAAAAUUUCUCCUCUUCUUGGUGCGAACCUAAACUUUUUCACACACAAAAACUCCCACACUCAUACUAAUACACGCUAAUAACACACAUCUACACAGACACUUAGUUUUCUAUACCUUAAAUGAGACUGCUUCUUAAAAAAUAAGUAAAACUAAACUGUAAUAAAACGAAAAAACAAAAAAAA